UCCCCCCUCCAUUGUGUGCAGCAGGCUGUGGAUGGAGGUGAUCCAUUGACAGCUCGUGUAGGGAGGGAUGGAGGGGGGGCUCAGCAGCAGCAGCAGCAGGCUAUAGAGCUGUGUGCGAUCAUAUCCAGAGGAUGAACUCCUCCGGGCUUUGAAUUACCGCGAUGCUGAGCACAGUGCAGGCAGUACAUUAGUGGUGUGCUGCAUUGAUGCUGAAGGAGUAGAGCUCUGCUGGCAGCUCAGCGAGGAGGAUCGCCUAUACCCUACACCGGGCACCCCCCACCCUACACCGGGCACCCCCCACCUCCCCCCGAUGAUGCCCCUGCAGAGCUUCUCCCGGGACAGGGAGCCGUCCUCCCUCCUCCGAUGGGACGAAGUACCGGAUGAUUUCGUGGAAUGCUUCAUCCUGUCCGGUUACCGGAGACUUCAUCUGACCGCCCAGGAGUGCCUGGCCUCCAUCUUCCAGCCCACCAAUGAGACUCUGAAUUUCUGGACCCAUUUCAUCCCUCUGGUUCUGUUCGUCAGUAAGUUCUCGGAGGUAUUCUUCCUUUCCAGUGAGUUGCCCUUCACCCACCCGGCACUGCUGCCACUAUGGUGUUACGCCUCCGGAGUGUUGCUGACAUUUGCCAUGAGUUGUACAGCCCAUGUGUUCAGCUGCCGCUCCCUGCGCCUGCGUGCCGCCUUCUUCUUCCUGGACUAUGCUUCUAUCAGCUACUACGGCUUCGCCAGCACCGUGGCUUAUUCCUACUACCUGCUCCCUAGACUCAGCCUGCUGGACCCCAGUGUUAUGACCCCGUACCUGCACAGCCUGGGCUGGCACCGGGUAGACUACAGCAUGCUCAUGGGGCUGUACAGCGAGCUGGUGCUGCCGGUGGCAUUUGUCCUGGCGGUGACGUGUACCGUGGCGUGCUGCAAGAGCCGAUCAGAGGAUUGUUCGUACCCCUUUGCCAUCCGUACCUUUGUCUUCGCUAUGCCCCUCAGCAUGGCCUGCCCGGUGAUGAUUGAGAGCCUGCUCUUUGACCUGGGGGGGAAGAACCCCACUCUCUUCAUCUAUUUUUACCGGAGAUAUUUCUGGCUGCUGGUGGCCGCCUUCUUCAAUGUCAGUAAGCUCCCGGAGAGGAUCCAGCCAGGAUUGUUUGACAUUAUAGGACACAGCCACCAGCUCUUCCACAUCUUUACCUUCCUUAGUAUUUAUGAUCAAAUGCACUAUGUGGAGCAGGGCUUAGAACAGUUCCUCAAAGCUCCCCACACCUCCCCUACUGUGCAGGGGACCAUUGGUUACAUGGUGCUUCUGACUGUAUGCCUGGGCUUUGUAGUCAGAAAGUAUCUGAAAGGACUGGCCAGCGCCAAACAGGACUAAACUAGGGCGCUGAGUCCUGCCGGGGUGGAACAUGCCCAUCCAGUGGGCUUUUUACUAUAAGGCAGCCUUUCUCAACCUUCUCGCCCUAAAAUAAUUUGCAGGUCUAUGGCAAACCAGUACAUCUGGGGUCAGGGGUCAACAGAAAAGCCAGUUUGCAAGGGGUCACCUGAAAAGGUUAAUGGGAAAAACAGUUUAUUGGGGGUCAGGGGUCAACAGAAAAGCCAGUUUGCAAGGGGUCACCUGAAAAGGUCUUAUGGGAAAAAACAGUUUAUUGGGGGGUCAAUGGCAAACCAAUUAAUUGGGGAUCAAUUGGAAAACCAAUUCAUCAAAAGGGCGAUGUGAAAGCCAGUUCAUCAGGAGUUAAUUGAAAAAUUAAUUCAUCAGGGGUCAACGAAAAAGCAAAUUUAUUGGGGAUCAAUGGGAAAACCAAUUUAUCGGCGGUCACUGGCAAAACCAUUGUGUUGGGGGUCAAUGGGAAAAACAGUUUAUUGAGGGUCGAUGGGAAACCAAUUAAUUGGGGUUCAAUUGGAAAACCAAUUCAUCAAGGGUCGAUGGGAAAGCCAGUUCAUCAGGAGUUAAUUGAAAAAUUAAUUCAUCAGGGGUGAACGAAAAAGCGAAUUUAUUGGGGUUCAGUGGGAAAACCAAUUUAUCGGCAGUCACUGGGAAAACCAUUGUGUUGGGGGUCAAUGGGAAAACCAGUUUAUUGAGGGUCGAUGGGAAACCAAUUAAUUGAGGAUCAAUUGGAAAAUGAAUUUAUCAGGGGUCACUGGGAAAGCCAGUUCAUCAGGGGUUAGCUGAAAAAUUAAUUCAUUGGGGUCAGUGGGAAAACCAAUUUAUCGGGGGUCAAUGGGAAAACCAAUUCUUCAGGGGACAAUGGGUAAAGCCAUUUUGUUGGGAGUCAAUGGGGAAAUCAAUUCUUCAGGGGUCAAUGGGGAAACCAAAUUAUGGGGGGGGGGGGGUUAAAGGGGAAACCAACUUAUCAGGGGUCAAAGGGGAAACCAAUUUCAUUGGGGGGCAAUGAGAAACCAAUUUAUCCAGGGUUAAGGGAAAACCACUUAAUUUGGGGUUAAUGGGGAAACCAAUUCAUCAGGGUCAAUGGGCAAACCAAUUCAUCUGGGGUCAAUGAAAAAACAACUCAUCUAGGGUUAAUGGGAACCCACUUAAUUUGGGGUCAAUGGGGAAACCAAUUCAUCAGGGGUCAAUGGGGAAACCAAUUCAUUGGUGGUCAAUAGGAAACAAUGCCUCUUGCAUUCAAUAAUGGUCAGUAGGUUGAAUGAAACCCUAAAGCCGCGUACACACGAUCAGUCCAUCAGAUGAGAACGGACCGAAGGACCGUUUUCAUCGGUUAACCGAUAAA